AUGCGCAAAUUGUCGAUUUCAAACCUUGUUUACAAUGUCCUUUUCCCUAAACCUCGUGCGAACGAUCCCACCAGCUUCGCCUCCCACAUCACACGAAACCUCGUUCCCGAAGUACGCGUUGAAACCUCUACAUUUUAUGGCUCUCUAGACUGCGUGGAGGCACAAUAUCCGGGCCUCGACUAUUCCUUUCCGCCCCAUAGAAUGAGAUUGAGUCGUUUUCACCACCACAAGAGAUUGUUCAAGGCCUUCGAUGAGCUAGGGCUGACGAAGGACGAAAUCGCUUCUCUUUGUCGAUGGGAAGGAACAAAAUCCGCUCGGGACCGGUAUGAGCGAGACGAAGGGAUCCGUGUUCGCGACACAACCGCAGAUGGAAUUUAUGUCUCCAGCCCGCACGUUCCCGCCACAAUCCACCUUCACCCCUUCCACGACGACGAGGGUUCCACCCACGCUCCCUCGAUCCGCACUCCGGAUAGCAUAGAAAUUCGCCGAACCCACACCUCCCACGACGACUCGCCGGUCGAGGACGAAAGCAGUGAGGAUGAACUGGAAGAAAGCGUUGGAUUUGCGUUGAAUCAACACCUCCUUGAAGCCACCGCCGCCCGGGAGCGCGGCGCCGAUGUUUCCCUCGAUGAUGUGUGGGAGCAGUGGCUGAAAGAUGCCAUCGAGCGUGGGAGCUACGAGGAUAUUCUGCAUACUAUCCGCGAGGGCUCGGUGGAUUUUGCCCGGGCGCUGACAUCGCCGACCACGAUAUACGGGAACAGUUUGGAUGCUCGCCAGGCCAGACAGCGCGUCAUGCAAUCUCCAAAUACCGCACUGGCAUCGGGAUUGUCUCAAUACGGCGCACCGGAUCCGUCGCCAGGCCCUCCAUCGCACCCAUAA